AUGGUUGCAGUGAAGGUCGUGAGUACACUAUAUGGAAUUGCGCUAGGCGUUUCUAAGGGAAUCGGGUACCUACACUAUGGUUGCAAAACGAGAAUUGUGCAUUUCGACAUCAAACCUCAGAAUGUGUUGUUAGAUGAUAAUCUCAGACCCAAAGUUUCUGACUUUGGUCUCGCUAGGCUCUGCGAGAAGCAAGAAAGCAUCUUGUCGUUGCUCGACACAAGAGGAACUAUAGGAUACAUUGCACCAGAGUUGUUUUCGAGAAUGUAUGGAAGUGUGUCUCACAAGUCAGAUGUGUACAGCUAUGGAAUGUUGGUUCUUGAGAUGGUCGGAGCUAGGAACAAAGAAAGAGUCGAAAACGCUGAUCCAAACAACAGCUCCGCUUACUUUCCGGAUUGGAUUUACAAAGAUCUUGAAAAUGGAGACUUAGUUAACUUUGUGAAAAACUAA